AUGGACAUUGUCACCCUCCAAGAGACAAGAUUGUCCUCGUCCGGCACCCUCAGGGAGAAGGACUUUACUUUCUUUUGUCAGGGUAAACCCCCUGAAGAGACCAAGAUACACGGUGUUGGCUUUGCCGUCAGGAACAGACUGCUGGGCUCCAUUGUACCACCCACUGAGGGCUCCGAAAGGAUCCUCAAGCUCCAGCUCCACACAGCAGCAGGAAUGGCACCAACACUGGCAUCCUCUGCGGAAGCAAAGGACAACUUCUACGAAGACCUUAGCUCCGCUGUUACAGAAGUACCUCAGCAAGAGCCAGUCUUCGUUCUUGGUGACUUCAACGCCAGAGUCGGUGCCGAUCACAGCUCUUGGCCCUCCUGCUUGGGCCAAUUUGGAGUUGGGAAGAUGAAUGAAAACGGGCAGCGCCUCCUAGAGCUCUGCUGUCACCACAAUCUAUGCAUCACCAACACCUUCUUUGACACCAAGCCCCAGCACAAGGUCUCCUGGAUACACCCCAGGUCCAAACACUGGCACCAGCUCGACCUGGUGCUUACAAGACGCGGUGGUCUUGGAAGUGUCAAACUGACCCGCAGCUUCCAGAGCGCAGACUGCGACACCGACCAUUCUCUCGUAGGCUGCAAAGUAAAGCUUCAACCCCAGAGAUUCCACAGAGCAAAGAGAGAGGGCAGACCUCGCAUCGACACCAGCAAGACUCGCAAUCCCGAUAAGGUGGAAGAGUUUGUUAAGGCACUGGAAAAUGUCUUACCUGGACCGCCCAGCAAUAACACCAAUGUGAGAUGGUCACACCUUAGGGACACCAUCUACAAUGCUGCAAUGUCCAUCUUCGGCAAGAGGCAAAACAAGUCAGCUGACUGGUUUGAGGCCAAUGCAGAGGAAAUGUUACCCCUCAUCAAGGAAAAGAGACAAGCCCUCUCAGCCUACAAGAACCUGCCAUCAGCGGGGAACCUGCAGGCACUCCGUACAGCCCGAAGCAGAGUUCAACAGUCCGCACGGCACUGUGCCAAUGAUUACUGGCUUCAACUCUGCUCCAGCAUACAGACUGCUGCCAACGUCGGCAACGUAAGGGGCAUGUAUGAAGGAAUCAAGCAGGCAAUUGGCCCCACACAAAACAAGUCAGCUCUCCUCAAGUCAGCCACCGGAGAGGUCAUCAAGGAUCGGGACCAGCAGAUGAAUCGCUGGAUGGAGCAUUACUCAGAACUUUACUCCAGAGAAAACCUGGUCAGCACAGAAGCCCUGGAUGCAGUACAGCGCCUGCCCACUAUGGACAACCUCGACCAAGAGCCGACAAUGGAAGAAGUCGAGAAGGCGCUGGAUGCACUUUCCUCAGGGAAGGCCCCCGGUGGCGACGGCAUUCCACCUGAAGUUCUUAAGUGCGGCAAGGGGACACUCAUCAAGGAGCUUCACGAACUUCUGUGCCAGUGCUGGACAGAGGGUUCUGUGCCCCAAGACAUGAGAGACGCAAACAUCAUCACUCUCUAUAAAAAAUAA